GGAGCGGAGCGGAGCGGAGCGGAGCGGCGGAGCCCCGCCAUGAAGAAGCAUCACUCCGUGCAGGGCACUUUCAGCCGCCUCUUCGGCAAGAAGCACGGCACGGCCGCCGCUUCGCUCUUCGCUACCAACCCGCCCUGGAUCUUCAGCCAGGAGGUGACCUCCGACAGCGCUGGAGGCACCGGGGAUGUGAUUGAAGUGUAUUAUGGUGACAACCGCUUUGGGACGAUGACCGACUCCGGAACUGCAACGUUGAAGCCUCGUCCCAGAGUGCGGCCGCUGCUGACAUUCCUGCCCCUGAACGCCCAGGAAUCCCACGGGGUGGCUGUGCCAACACCAUCAGUGCCGGAUGACUUUGAGGAAAAGGCAGCUCCUGACCCCGGCUCCCAGAUGAACGGGAACUACCGGAUGUACAGCUCGGUGGGGGACCUGCGCCCACAGGCUCUCGAGAGGGAAGAUGAGGAUGAGGACAUCCCUCCGCCACCAUCAGUGCCCCCACCACCCCCUCCAACAGCGCAGGUGCUCACACCUCCAGCCCCACCGGCUCCUCCACCACCCGAAGCACUGCCACCAUCGCUGCUGCUGCCACCACCUGAGGCAGUGCCACCACCCCCCGCCGUGGCACCUCCACCACCUCCAGAGCCCACUCUGCCCUCCCCCAUCACGCCAGCACCUCCAGACUUCAUCCCGCCAGCUCCACCGCUCAGCAAGGCUCCUGUGCCCUUCAGCAAUGGCAUCUCCAAGUGGAAGUCUGAGACGGUGCUGAACACGAGGCAGGUGGAUGAUGAGGGGCCACUCUGUCCUGCUGAGACCAAGGUGCCGGCUGCCCCCAGUGCAGAGGAGAACCCACAGGCCCCUAAGCAGUGCCCUGAGCCCCACCUCACCUUUCCCAGGUCCUUCAAGGUGCCCCCACCUGCCCCGGCCCGGUCCUCCUCCAUCCCCGUGCAGGAGAGCCAGCCUUCCCGCAUUGAGCCCUUCACCCGGCAGCCCCAUGCACGGCCUCCCCUCCCACCCUGCUUCACCAUUAGACCCACAGCCAAAGUUCAUGCAGGAGAAGCCAAGGAAAGAAAUCCACCUUUGAGACAGCCCAUCGCCAAGGCAGCCCCUCCUCCGUUGAGCCCCAAGCCGGGCGCUGUGCUCAGCAGCCAGACCUCAGUGCCCAGCUCAGAGCCGAAGAACCUCCAGCCAAAAACAGACAUCAGAGACUCUCCUCCAAAAUCUGAAGUUAUCACUGCAAACGACCUGGAGCUGCCCCCUCCGGACUAUCCUCUCUGUGAGGACAGCUGGAAGGAUCCCAGCAGUCUGAGCCAGCUGCAGCAUGAGCUAUCGGCGCUGCUGCGCUCUCCCAGGAGGGAUGAGAGGCAGCCGGAAGGGCCAGCAGCCCCCCAGCCCAUAAAUGGCAGCACCAACCAUGCUGGUAACCAUGGGUCUGAUGGAGCCAGGCUUGUUGGAAAAGCUUUGUCAUCACCUACAGGAGAGGAGAGAGAGAGGAGAGAGGGGCCUGGGAGCAGCCCCAGUACCAUGGGGGGACACCCUGGUGCAGCACAACCAGCUGUGGAGAGCAGCCCCACUGCACAGCCCCACAGCGUGAAGAAGAUCAGGAGUGAGCUGGAGGCUGUGUUCUCCCUGAAGAAAGAAAGGAAGCCAGCCCUGGGGCUCGGUGGUGAGAAGCAGAGCCCUGAGGAUGGUGGCAGUGCCUCACAUUCAGGGUUGAGCCCUCCUGAGCCGGGUGACGCUGUGCUGCCAAAACCAGCCCUGAGCUCACUGCCAGCCCCAGCAGAUGCUGCGAUUGUGGAGAAGAAAACAGAACAAGAGAAGCAUCCUGCUCCCGUCAUCCCUGCCGCUAACAAGGCCAUGGAGAGCUCAACCCCUGCUCCCCGCUCCCCUGACAGCAGUGUGAGCCCCCCAGGCCCACCUCAGAGAGCAGUGGAGGAGCCGCCAGCUCCCCCCAUCCCAUCACCCCCCAUUUCCCCAGUGCCGCAGCCCAACGCCAACAUCUUCCAGUACAAAGUGCACCGGGCUGGGGCUGGUGAAGCUGAGCCUGCCUGCCCCCCGAGUUCAGCCAGCAGCCCCCCAGGAGUCCUGGGCACAGGGCAGGAGGAGGUGCUGAUCCACCCGGUGACAGGAGAGCGGGUAGAGCGGGGCUCUCCCAUGGCACUGCUGCUGGCAGCCCGGCAGCGGGCACAGCGGGGCCGCCAGGGCAGCGAUGCGGGGGGACUGCCAAGAGCCAGGCCACACAGCAAAUUCGGCAGCAGCGCAUCAGAAACCACCUCCAGCACCAGCUUCUACCGCCACGAAUCCAAGCCUUACUCCUUCACCGUGGUGCCCCGGCCCUCGGCAGCACAGAGCAAGCCGCCGUCCUUCUCCAGUUCCUCAGAGCAGGGCCAGGCGGUGGGCAAUGGGCAGCACCCAGGGCAGCAGCGGGCUGCAGCCUCCAGCCUGCUGCGGGGUCUGCUGGAGCAGCCAAAGGACCCCAACCCUCCCCGCCAUACCACAUCUGGAGAGGAGGAGGAGAACGGGGAGGCAGCGCUGGACUACGCCAUCAUCCCCCCGCCCCCCGAGUUCAGCAAUGAGGCGGAUGAGACCUGCCCACGGCAGCUCGCAGUAUGGUGGACCCACCAACACCUUCAUGGUCAGACCCGGGGCACGGCAGCCCAUCUCCUACACCUACCAGAGUGGGCACCGAUAGGCUCAUCCUUAGGGCUGCUCCACUGCCUUCGUCCUUCUGCUGGGAAGAGACAACGAGGUGCGUGGUUGUUGCAGGUUUUCUCCACCUGGCCAGCAAACACUGCUCGACACUGCUGAGGACGAAAUGUGGAGAGCAAACCUGGGACUUGGACUCUUCAAAAAGACUGUCAUGGAGCAUAGUUACUGCAGACCAGCUACUGUUGUGUGAGCAAAGAUGUUUUUCUUUCUCUUCUUCCCUCUUCCCCAGUAUUGGUUUCAAAUUUGCAGCCUGAUAGGUCUUCUAAAAUGCAAAAGACCCUUAGCUUAAAGAUCGUUACUGGAGAGUUUGGGGGUUUUUUUGUUUGUUUAAUCGUGCUUGGGAGUGGGGAGAAGCCAAAGCUGGAGAUGUGUGUAAUGGAAGCAAGCCAGUAUGUAUCUGAAUUUAGGGGGAAUUAAGAACGUGAGGUCAAUUGGAUAGAAAUAGUUUAGGAUGCCUGCAUCACCGCCCCCUCCACCUUGAGUGAACACAUUACGCUGAUGCCUUAAGCCAGCUCGUGCUCUCAGUGCCCAUCUCCAGGGCUGGGAGCAGCUGCUCUGCGAGCACAGCUCUUGCUUUCCCACUCCUUUUGGUGCCUGCACGUUUGUGUUGCCGGUUCUUUGUCAUGGGAGACUGCAAGGCCUGGCUGGGUGGCAGUGAAGCAUGUUGGCAACGUGAGAUCUCUGAUCUAGGGAAUGAAUAAGCUAAGCUUUGGUGUAACUGUAAAGUUUUUGACACUCUGGGGUGUGGUGUACCUGAGGGACCUUUCUCCAGCUGUUUCCAUCAGCGUCGUGGAUACUUCAGUGCAGAUCUGCCUGAAGGAGCCAGUGCUGUGUGAUGGGAGAGGAGAGUGGUCUGAAAGAGGGUAUUUCACACUGCGGUCAGCUGUUAGUGAGAAUGUAUUAUUCUGAGGUUUUGAAUAGUUCCAGAAGUUAGAAGCAAAUCUUCCUCCCAGGUAAACUUGCUGCAAAUCACUGUAAGAUAGGUGUAAAAACUUGUAGAGAGUAUUUUCUAAUCGCUGACAAACUAAAGCACUUUGAGACACGAGUCUACCUUUAUUGAAAGCACUUUCUGUUCUCAAUGUCAUACAGUAUCAUUAGUUCCAUUCAAGCUUAUUCUGCUUUGUGCUGCGAGUAGAUUUUGCUCUACAAUUAGACUCAAAACUCGGUGAUAAGUUUUCCCCUCACAGUGCAGGUUUCAGAAGUUAUCUUUAUUAAUGUCACGCCGUUGACAUUCUGUUUUACAUUAUUUCCAGCUCUACCUAAUAAUUUAACAGCUGUUUCGAAUGCUGCAGAGGCUUCAAAGUAUUCUGAACUUUACUUUGCUGUGAAUGAAACGAGAACGCAAACACCGUAAUCAGCCUAACAGCUAAUUCAUAGGAUGUUUUUAUGCCAGUAACUCGCAGUGACUUGGAACGCUUCCAGCUGCGCUCCCUCCAGCUGGUAUUGAAACAGCGCCCUUUAAAUGGCUGGAUGUUGGUUUAUGGAGAGUAGCUAUGGAGGAACUAGGCAGUAACUCCCUGGGCUCAUACAAUGUGUGUACCACAGCCAUUUGCCAAUCUCCACCCCCAGUCAGGAAGUUCCCCACGUGAGGAGCGCCCUGAGAAUGUUUAUUGAUCUCUGGGAGUGAGGCUGGGAUGCUGUCUGCGUAGCUCCAGGCUUGUGUUUCACACAUCCAGGAUGGAAUUUCACCACUUUCCACCACUUUCCCCUAAAACAAAGAAGCUUCACUGAUAAUGUUGCAACCUGAUCUUUCUGUUUCCUGGUGUAGAUUUUUGCAUAAUGAGUGAAACUUCAAAUGAAUUCCUAAAAUUACUUUAAAAGACUUGCUGGGAGACUUCAGACUUGGAGAUGAGUCCUUUAACAUGUAUGCAAUUUCUGGAUUGCCUUCCUCUUUCGAAUUCUGCUCAACCUCAACAAACACCCCCAACAAAGGUUUCAUUUUUUUUUUUCUCAGAGCAAAUCUGAAAUCCAACGUUGGCACUUGCUUUGAAUUCCAUGUUUACUGUUUCAAUCAGACAUGCAAUUCCCAAGUGGCUAUAAUACAGUGCUACGUGGAGCAUCUUGUUUCUAGCAGGUGGACACUGCUUUAAAUUAAAUAGCAUGAGAAUGUAAGUCAGGUUUGUGUAACAGCCGUUUAUUUACUCAAAGAACGCCCAUGCUGGGAAUGCAUAUGGGCUAAGCUGUAAUGAAACCGAGCAGAGCUUCCCAGUAAAACUGGUUAACGUGAACGUUUGAAGCAUUGAAACGAUUCUGUUCUUUAGACACUGCGGGCUGUCCCCGCUGCUUUAGGAAAAUAGUAGGAUUUCAGUACGACUAAACAGGUCAAGGCCAUGGGGAACUGUUUGCAUUCCAAAGAAAUGGCUGUCAGAGCUGUUCCAGGGCAGUUCAGUGCAAUGAGCAGUGAGGGCUCAGCUGCUGGGAGCUCCCUCUCGGCCGGGUGAUUUGUCAGCACAGCACACACACUGCUUCGCUCCGAUUCCUGUUUCUCUUCCUUCUCCCCCAGCUGCUUUACUACAUAAACUUAGCGAUAGAGGAGGGAAACUGAGGGGUGGUAACAGAGCCAAGUGACCUUACAGUGCUGGCAGCCAUCCUGAAAGCUGACAGUGGAAUUGUUAAUGCCUCGACCCUCUCUUGCCACAUUCAAGUCUUGAUUCGACUUAAAGGAGCCCCUGCAACCUCCUCUAAAGCACCUGCUGAUGUAGUAGACUGAGAGCUCUACUUGUAAAGUGUUUGAACAAAGUCUCUUAUUUAUGAGUGCCACUGAACACCAACCUUCUUGCAUUAAAUGUGUCUGGAUGUAUUGUUUGAUGACUUUUUUUUUUUUUAGUGUUAUCUAACCUUAUCUACUGAACUUCACCUUUCCCAGCUUCUGCUUAGGGCUCAGUAUCAACAUCUGCUGUGACAAUGUCAGUGAUAACAGAAGCACGAGCAGGCAGCUCUCCUCACUGCCCAUUGCUGCAGAACCACCCGGUGCCCUGCAGGGCAAGCAGCCUGAUGGAGCAGCUUUACAGUUCAGCCUGGGUUUCUAUAAAUAGUGCUCUUGGUUUGGAGCUUUUCAUUAGGAAUGAAACUUGCAGAGUGAUUUGCAAGUCCUGACUAGAAUGCUGUGCUUAAAAUUUAAAAUGCAGGAUGAGCAAUGCAAGCACUAACAUAAAAGGCAGCUUGUUUCCAGAGUGGCUAACUCUCUCCAUGCCUCCAAAUUAUACUUAUUUGCAUUCUCAUCUCUUUAAUCCUGGCUACAAAACAAGGUUCUUCAUUAGGGAAGCGUGCAAUGUAUCUUGAAGCGUUUUCUCUAGCCACAGCAUAUUACAGCAGUGUCCCCAAGCCUGAGCAGGGUGUGAAGCAGCUUGGGCAGCAUCAGCACACCACAAAACCCAGAGGAUCCUUCAGUUCCUUUGCAGAUAGCUUGUAAGUCAGUGGGCAGUGUGCUGGUGUGAUGCUGCUUGUUAUGGCCUUGCUGCCUCCCAGUGCUUAUGGCCUUGGUAAGCUAACAAACUAGCAACUGCUAAAUAAACUGAUGCUUAUUGUGCUUAUUUUAUGAUGGUAGGGGGGAAAAAAACAAGUGGUAAAAAGGGUAAAUGAUCUUCAAUGCGUGCAAACCUCUGGCUGUUGUCAUGCUGCUGCCCUCCUGCGGCAGAACACAGAGCCGUACCCGAAGGUUUGCAGGACGAAGCCCAGAAUGUGCUGCCGUGCUUUCUUUAAUCGACUGUACAAGAGGAAUAAUUAUCAACCACGACCUUUUCUCCACACGGUCCUCAUCUUCCACCACUGUGCUGCUUUUUGCCCUGGACGGCAGAACUCUGCAGCACGGUGAUGUGAGGAACUCGCAUGGUUUAAAACUUCCCAUUUGAAACUUGUCCCUGCUUGCAUGGCAUCGGCGAAUGUUUAUUUAAGCCCGGUUGUAACUCCAGGGACUGAAAUCACAACUUCAGCACUCUGUGACCUCAGCUGGCUCUUAAUAUUGCAGAGGCUGCCCAGUGAAACUUAAGAGCCAGUUGUAAAUGAAAAUGAUGAUUUAUUUAAAAACUGCCUUCCACUGUUUCCAAAGACACCUUUCUCCACAAGCACCAGUUUGUAACACACAACCUUUGGCCUUAACUCUUUGAAGGGACAGUUUUGAGGCAACUUCUUGUUCUUUGUAAUUGUUUACCUUUCCAAUACAAUGCUCUAGCUGGGGAAUUUUGCUCUGAAAACAAUUAUGACACUGUAGUUGCUUACAGUGUAGUGUUGCUAUCAUGGUAAAGAAAAUGUAGCAUUCAUUUCUAA